AUGACCGAACAGCCCCGCAUCCUCCGUCCACGCCCGAGACGUCCAUUCGAAAUAACGCCUGCUUCUACGGAGUCAUCUGGACCUCCAACACCGGCCGAGUCAACAGGCACGGAGUACCUAAACCCGCAAGCAGACACCACGUCAAACUCAACCGGCGUGAGCCGUACAGGAUCGGUGAUGAACCUGACCGCUUCGACCCUGUACGGGAUCUACUCUCCGACGGCGUUCGAGGGAUACCGCGAUGAGUCCAGUCCCUGGGGCACAGAAGCCAACAGCCCAUCGGCAGAGUUCCCUCCCGAGCCAUUGCAGCGCGUAGCAGAGAAAUCGGCCAUCGAGCCGCGGCGGAAGGCGCUGCGGAGGACUCGGUCUCGAUUGAGUCUAGGUCUGUUCCGGGGCGUGAUCUUGCCGCAGGCGUUGAGCAGCGUGCUGCUCUUUGGCUUUGGUGUUGCUUACGGUGUUAUCACGGUUCAUCUUCAUGAGAACCAUUGGAUUACGCCUGUCAAGCUGGAAAAUAUUCAUUACUACGAUUCAUGGCAAUACUUGGGUGUCUGGGGAUUGGCGGGUAUUGCUUUGGGUAAUCUGCUUCCUUGGUUGGAUAACUGGCGUGAGGAUGACCUUGAGGAGUCUGAUUCGAAGCUUGCAAAUACCGAUGAGGAAGAGAGCGAGGAUCGCACCCCAUCUUGGGUUGCUGUUGCUCGCAGUGUCGGAGCGUUUGUCGGAAUUGCAUUUGCUAUGCGGAAACUUCCUUGGGAAUCUACCACGCAAGCAUCAUUGACCCUCGCGCUCGCAAAUCCCGUUCUCUGGUACCUGAUUGACCGCACCACCACCGGCUUCGUCCUCUCGACCACCGUUGGAUUGACUGGAAUGGGAGUUGUUCUUGGCCUCAAGCCAGAGCUUGUGCCUACGUCGACCGGUAUCAAUCUUCUGAAUGGAACAGGACUGGAGAAUGUGCUGGGUGCAGGUAUCACACAGGAGAGCAUUGCGGUCGGUACUUGGAUUGCCAGUGUCAUUUUCUGCGCAUGCGUGUGCUUUGGAAAUGUUGGCCGUCAGCUUGCUACCGGAGCUGGCGCCAGAGAUAUUUUGAAGCCCUGA